AUGCUAACCAUCAAAAGCUCUAGAAAUGAGGUCCUUGAGUCUCAGAAAACGGUCUCUCCCGGAGGAGAUGAAUCUGGGAAAGGUUCUCUUUUUCUCGACAGACCUGCAGCCUCAUCAUCCAUUUCCUUUUACAGUAAUAUCAGCCCAGAUGACACAGGAGCAGUCAGUGAUGGCCAUGGGGGAGACAUAGUGUCGCAACAAACGGUCUUGUCAAUGGCCAGUAUAGCUCCAGGAGCAGAUAAAGCUGACAAGGGUUCUCUUGCUCUAGACAUAGUUUCCUCAAGGACUUCUAAUAUCAGCCAGGAUGACUCAGGAGAAGCAGCUGUGAAAAUUUCCAACUAUUGCAUUGGUGAUGCAAAACUGCAACAAGUAAACAUUGCCAUGAUGGUAGAGGAGGACUUGGAUUCAAUGCAGAAGGUUGGAGGCAUCCAAGAAAUUGCAGAGGCUCUAGAUACAGAUUUAGAGAAGGGAAUCCCUGGUCUUGAGCAAGAUCUAUGCUCUCAACGCAUAGCUAACACAAUCUCUCCAACACAAGCUCCUGCCCGAAACCAUUGGCAAUGGAUUGUUUCAAUGCUACGGGAUCGAAAAGGUGAUGAAUCUGAGAAAGGUUCUGUUGCUGUAGAUAAUGUCAGCCCCAGUGACACAAGAGAAGCAGCUGUGAAAAUCUCCAACAAUUGUAUUGGUGAUGCAAAACUGCAACAAGCAAAUAUUGCCUUGAUGGUCGAGGAGGACUUGGAUUCAAUGCAGAAGUUUGGAGGCAUCCAAGAAAUUGCAGAGGCUCUAGAUACAGAUUUAGAGAAGGGAAUCCCUGGUCUUGAACAAGAUCUAUGCUCUCAAAAUAUUGCUAAAUCAUCACCCUCCCUAACACAGGCUCCUGCACGAGGCUGCUUCAAAUCACUCUUGAAAACAUGCAAUGAUUGGAUUAUUUUUCUUCUCUUCGUGUAUGCAAUGCUGUUACUCGGCUUUGGGAUCGUUAUGAAAAGCCCAAACGAUUGGCAUAAAGGUGUCAUCACAAUUCUUUUCAUAAUGGUGCUUGUGGUUAUUCAUUCCUUACGGGAACUUUGGCUCGAACGUUCGCGGCAGAUGUCAAGAAGGCAGAAUACUUUGGAAAUGCACCAAGAGGAAGUUGAGGUCAUUAGAGGGGGAAGGUCGCUGAAAGUAUCCAUCUCAGAUGUUUUGUUGGAAGACAUAGUAUGCCUCGAGAGGGGAUCUCUAGUCCCUGCUGAUGGUUUGCUCGUAUCUGGUGAAUACAUAAAACUGGAUGAUGAUCUUGACUCCAUCAUUAACAACGAAAACCCAUUUCUCUUCUAUGGUCCAAAGGUGAUUGCUGGAAAAGGUUGCAUGCUAGUUACAUCAGUGGGCAUAAACACAACACUGGGUGAUUUGUUGAACCAGGUUACCUAUGGCGCCCUCAACAAGACCCCAUUACCAGGGCAACUUGAUAAGCUGAACAAUAGCAUACAAAUUACAGGGCUUUUACUCUCCAUCCUCAACCUUAUAGUGUUGUUCUUCCAUUUUAAGCUUCAAAAUAAAAGAUUUCAUUUUAACCUCCCAGACCUCAAGGGGAAAGCAGCUGCAAGUAAAGAGAUCAUGGAUACGAGUAAGAAAAUUUUCUUGACACCAAAUGGGAAGUUCACCACGUUAUCAACUUCAAUUCUUACGUUUCUGUUUGGAGUAACAGAAGGGAUACCUUUUGUAGUCACUCUUGCCAUUGGUUAUUGGAAUAAGAAGAUGCUAUUUGGCAAGGCCACUGUUCAAGAAACCUUGGCUUGUUUCACCAUGAAUUCAGUCACAACUGUCUGUAUUGACGAAAGUGUUUGGCGAUCAAUAAACUCAGAGGCAGCUGACUCGACAAAAAGAGAAAUAGAAGCUUUGAUAAAUGCUGGAGUUAAUAUCAUACUGGUUUCAGAAGAUGAUGUCUCAAUAUUGGAAGACAUAGCUUGCAAGUGUGGACUACUUCCCAAUGCAGAUAAAUUGAAGCUCGAGGCUAAAGAUUUUCAAAAUUACAUCAACGAAAAGCAGAUGGAUGAAGUGGAUAAAAUCAUCUUAAUGGGAAGUUUAACCCCUUCUGACAAGCUCGCUCUAGUGCAAUGUUUGAAGGAAAAAGGUCACACAGUAGCAAUGGUUGGAAUUAAAAGAAAUGUGAUUCCAGCACUAAAGGAAGCUGAUGUAGGGAUCACUAUACAGACUUUUAGCAGUGAAAUGGUUAGGCAAAGUUCUGACAUCAUCAUCGUGGAUGGAAAUCUCAGUUUCUUGGACAGUCUUGUGACUCUUGUCAGAUGCGGAAGAUGUAUUUAUGACAAUAUUCGCAAGUAUAUGCAACUUGAGCUCACCAUGAAUAUAUCAGGGUUGUUGAUAACCUCUAUCACAACAAUGUUUUGUGGAAAUUCUCCAAUUACGACCAUCCAAUUAGUCUGGGCAAACUUUGUUGUGACUCUUCUUGGUGGCCUUGGAUUAUUGACUGAGCCACCAUCAAAGGAGCUGAUGGAAAAGCCACCAUUGAGAAAAACUGAACCACUUAUCAACAUGGCCAUAUGGCGAAACGUUGUCAUCCAAGCUCUGUAUCAACUUGGCGUCUUAGUGACAUGCCAGUUCAAAGGGCAAACCAUCAUUGGCAUUAAUAAGAAGGUUGGUAAUACCAUUAUCUUCAAUAUUUUUGUCCUCUGCCAAGUCUGUAACAUUAUUAAUGCAAGACAAGUGGGGACUAAGAAUGUGCUUCAGCACUUUCCUCGUAACCCCUUGUUUUUGUUGGCUGUGGGUGCUAUUCUGUUAGGGCAGGUGGCUUUUAUUGAAAUUUCACAUAUUCUGGUAGCCGAUGCAAAGUUGACUUGGAUUCAGUGGUUCAUUUGUCUUUCAGUUGGGAUGGUUUCAAGGGUUAUUAAUUGUCUAUUGAUUGGUUUACAAAGUGCAUGCACUUCUUGAUAAGCAGGACAACGUGUCG